GUGUCUGUCUUUCUCUGAUUCAUGGAACCUCGCAGCUUCAAACAUGUUUUCAUCGGCCUUAUAUUUUCAAUGACAUUGCCGCCAAGUCGAAGCGGUUCUUUAGCGCCUUGCAAUUUUCCAGCCAUCUUUAACUUUGGGGACUCAAAUUCCGACACCGGUGGACUAUCAGCGGCAUUUGGACAAGCCCCUGCUCCCAACGGAGAGACCUAUUUCCAUGCCCCGGCAGGACGGUAUUCUGAUGGGCGACUGAUAAUUGAUUUCAUAGCUGAAAGCUUGGGAUUACCGUAUCUUAGUGCUUAUCUGGACUCAGUGGGUUCAAAUUUCAGCCAUGGAGCCAACUUUGCAACUGCCGGAUCAACCAUCAGGCCACAAAACACAACCAGGUCUCAAAGUGGGUUUAGUCCAAUAUCAUUGGAUGUGCAGUCGGUCCAAUUCUCGGACUUUAACAGAAGAUCUCAGAUAUUCAAUAAACAAGGGGUAUUUGAUAAAUUGUUGCCCGAGGAGGAAUAUUUCUCUCAGGCCUUGUACACUUUGGACAUUGGCCAAAACGAUCUCACAGCAGGCUAUAAGCUUAACCUGACCACGGAACAAGUAAAGGCAUAUGUUCCAGAGGUACUCCGCCAAUUUUCUGAUGCUGUUAAGCGAGUAUAUGAUCAAGGAGGAAGAGCAUUUUGGAUACAUAACACAGGACCGGUAGGCUGCCUACCGUAUGUUCUGGACAGAUUUCUCAUUACUGCCCCUCAGGUAGACAAAUAUGGCUGCGCCAGUCCGUUCAAUGAGGUGGCUCAGUAUUUCAACCGAAGACUGAAAGAUGAUGUUAUUCGAUUAAGGAAAGAACUUCCUUUGGCUGCAAUUACAUAUGUUGAUGUCUACUCUGUGAAGUACACUCUCAUCAGCCAAGCCAAGAAAUUUGGAUUUAAGCUUCCUCUUAUAGCUUGCUGUGGCCACGGUGGGAAGUAUAAUUUCAACAACUCGGUCAGGUGUGGGGGAAAGAUUACUGUAAAUGGCAAGGAGAUCUUGAUUGCAAAUUCAUGCCAAAAUCCAUCAGUUCGGGUUAACUGGGAUGGGAUUCAUUUCACAGAGGCUGCUAACAAGUGGAUAUUCGAACAAAUCGCCAAUGGCUCCUUUUCCGACCCACCGAUCCCAUUGAAAAUGGCAUGUCAAAGAAUGGACCACUGACUUGAUUUUCAUUGUCACCAACUCUGAAGGCUUUCCAUCCUCCAAAUAACUUCUUUUCGUUCACAUAGACGAUAGUUUGGCCUUCAAUAAUAUUAGCAAUAGACUGUUAUAUAUACUCAUUUCAAUAAAAGCUGGUUGUUUUAUUAAAUUUU